CGUCCACAAGCAGCGAGCGGACCCCCAGUGCCUACCCCGCGGAGAGCAGCCACCGCACGGACGCCGCUUUCCUCCGCGCCAUGCGUCUUUUCCUGCUCGCCGUGCUGCUCUCGUGCUCCUGUGCGCGAGCCGGCUGCGAGCCCAAAAUCGUCAACAUCGGCGCGGUGCUGAGCCAGAAGCGCUACGAGCAGGUGUUCAAGGAUGCAGUGGCCCAGGCGAACCAGGUCUACGGCCGGGACAAGUUCAAGCUGACCGCCAUCUCCGUGACGCACAAGCCCAACGCGAUCCAGAUGGCGCUGUCCGUGUGUGAGGACCUGAUAUCCAGCCAGGUCUACGCCAUCCUCGUGAGCCACCCUCCCCAGUCCAACGACCACCUGACCCCCACCCCAGUCUCCUACACCGCCGGCUUCUACCGCAUCCCGGUGGUAGGCCUGACCACCCGCAUGUCCAUCUACUCCGAUAAGAGCAUCCACCUGUCGUUCCUGCGCACCGUACCUCCGUACUCCCACCAGGCUCACGUGUGGUUCGACCUGAUGAGGGAGUUUAACUGGAACCACAUCAUCCUGAUCGUGAGUGACGACCACGAGGGACGCGCUGCGCAGAAGAGGCUGGAGACUCUGUUGGAGGAGCGUGAGACCAAGAAUAAAAAAAGGAACUAUGAAAACCCCGACCAACUGUCCUUUGACAACAAGCGAGGACCCAAGGCAGAGAAAGUCCUCCAGUUCAGCCAGGAGACUAACUUAACUGCCCUGCUGCUGGAGGCCAAAGAGUUGGAGGCCCGGGUCAUCAUCCUGUCGGCCAGUGAGGAGGAUGCCGCUGCCGUGUACAAAGCCGCUCGCUUCCUGAACAUGACGGGCUCUGGAUACGUGUGGCUGGUGGGGGAGCGCGAGAUGUCGGGUAAAGCCCUGAGUGAGGCCCCUGAUGGUCUGAUUGGGCUUCAGCUGAUCAACGGGAAGAAUGAGUCUGCUCACAUCAAUGACGCAGUGGCAGUGGUGGCUCAGUCCAUCCAGGAGCUGUUUGAGAAGGAGAACAUCACAGAGCCGCCCAGAGGAUGUGUGGGCAACACGAACAUCUGGAAAACUGGACCACUCUUUAAAAGAGUCCUGAUGUCCUCCAAAUAUCCCGAGGGCAUGACCGGGCGAGUGGAGUUCAACGACGAUGGAGACCGGAAGUAUGCCCACUACAGCAUCCUCAACUACCAGAAGAGCCGCCUCAUCCAAGUGGGAAUCUACAACGGCACACAGGUGGUGAUGAACAACCAGAGGAAGAUCAUUUGGCCUGGAGGAGAGACUGAGAAACCGCAGGGCUUCCAGAUGUCCACUCGACUCAAGAUAGUGACCAUUCACCAGGAGCCGUUUGUCUAUGUGAAGCCCACGCAGCUGGACGGCACAUGUAAAGAAGAGAUGACCCCCAACGGAGUCCUCAUCAAGAAGGUCAUCUGCACCGGGCCCAAUGAGACCAUCCCAGGUCGUCCGACGGUCCCGCAGUGCUGCUACGGUUUCUGCAUCGACCUCCUCAUUAAGCUAGCUAUGACCAUGAACUUCACCUACGAGGUUCAUCUGGUGGCUGAUGGGAAGUUUGGAACGCAGGAGAGGGUGAACAACAGUAACAAGAAAGAGUGGAACGGGAUGAUGGGAGAGCUGCUGGGAGGUCUGGCCGACAUGAUCGUAGCCCCACUGACCAUCAACAACGAGCGGGCGCAGUACAUCGAGUUCUCCAAACCCUUCAAGUACCAGGGCCUCACUAUUCUGGUUAAAAAGGAAAUCCCCCGCAGUACGCUGGACUCGUUCAUGCAGCCGUUCCAGAGCACACUGUGGCUGCUGGUGGGGCUGUCGGUGCACGUGGUGGCGGUGAUGCUUUAUCUACUAGACCGUUUCAGCCCGUUUGGAAGAUUUAAAGUAAACAGUGAAGAAGAAGAGGAGGAUGCUCUCACUCUGUCGUCAGCCAUGUGGUUCUCCUGGGGAGUGCUACUGAACUCCGGUAUUGGAGAAGGUGCUCCAAGGAGUUUUUCUGCGAGAAUCCUGGGCAUGGUGUGGGCAGGCUUUGCUAUGAUCAUUGUAGCCUCAUACACUGCCAACCUGGCUGCCUUCCUGGUGUUGGACCGACCUGAGGAGCGCAUCACUGGCAUCAAUGAUCCCAGGCUGAGAAACCCAUCAGACAAAUUUAUCUACGCCACGGUGAAGCAGAGCUCAGUGGACAUAUACUUUCGGCGGCAGGUGGAGCUGAGCACCAUGUACCGGCACAUGGAGAAGCACAACUACGAGAGCGCGGCAGAGGCCAUCCAGGCCGUACGAGACAACAAGCUGCAUGCCUUCAUCUGGGACUCUGCGGUGCUGGAGUUUGAAGCCUCGCAGAAGUGCGACCUGGUGACCACGGGAGAGCUGUUUUUCCGUUCGGGCUUUGGCAUAGGCAUGCGCAAGGACAGCCCCUGGAAACAGAAUGUGUCCCUGGCUAUUCUCAGUUCUCAUGAGAACGGCUUCAUGGAGGACCUAGAUAAAACCUGGGUGAGGUACCAGGAGUGUGACUCGAGGAGCAAUGCCCCGGCCACACUCACCUUUGAGAACAUGGCAGGUGUGUUCAUGCUGGUCGCCGGUGGUAUUGCGGCAGGGAUCUUCCUCAUCUUUAUUGAAAUCGCCUAUAAGCGCCAUAAAGACGCUCGCAGGAAGCAGAUGCAGCUAGCCUUUGCGGCCGUCAAUGUCUGGAGGAAGAACUUGCAGCCCUCUUCCUCUGUAGAGACUCAGGAUGAUAGAAAAAGUGGUAGAGCAGAGCCCGACCCCAAAAAGAAAGCAUCUUUUAGGUCCAUCAGUACCACCCUGGCGUCCAGCAUCAAGAGACGUAGGUCCUCCAAAGACACGCAAUACCCCCCCACUGACAUCACGGGCCAACUCAACCUAUCGGACCCGUCUGUCAGCACCGUGGUCUAAAAGGAGCCGCUAAUCCAGACCACGGCCAGAGAGGAGAGAGGAAACCACCCACAAGGAUGGAGGAGAGGAUGCCACAGUCCAGCCUCAUGCAGCCUGCCAGACAAGACUGAGGGAAUAGGAGUACUGCUGAAAUACACUGCACCUUUUGGAGUCGGGACUACCUGAUGUUUUUUUGUGCUAAGCAUGCGUCAACAAACCCAUCACAUCUGAGCCGUUUCUUCUGUAUAUGCUCAGCUUUUGUCUUUUGUUCCUAUUUAGUGUGCUCUUUAAGAUUAGUAGAACAAUUUCAUUCUGUACAGAAAUUAAGACGGGUUUAGUUUGAGUAUUAAUUUACGUGUUAUGACAUGGCUGUAGUGAUGGGAAAUGAUCGACAUAAUAAUGAUACAAAACCAACAGGAAAAAUUUAAUCAAAAUCUAAAAUUCAGAAACCAAGCAGUAAAGGAAAAACCUUGCAAAAAACAGUAAAUUAGCUCAAACUAACACUAAACUAAAACUGAGUUUAGGCUUUAACUAUUGCCAGAUUUAAUCCAAUGCUAAACAAGUUAGUUAAACAUUAGGCUAAACUAAUUGUUCAUCCAUAAAAGGAUAAAUCUAUUCCUAGAUGUAGGGAGAAUUAGCAUAAUAAUUAGCAUAAGUGACAUGAUAAUUCAAAUAAGUUUUGUUUAAAGUAAAACAUCUAUGGUCCUAAACUACAGCCCUGUGGCACAGCAUUAAUAAAAACAUAUAUCCCAAUAUUUUUACAAUAAGCUACAUUUAGCAUUUGGUUAUGUAUUUGCAGAAGAAUGUAAUUGUGUUUUAUUCAAUUUUUCAUUAGGUACAAGGCUUUAGAGUAAUUUAUUUGAGAACACUACUAAUUUUAUUACUAGGACUAACCUGUGAAGACAACAGAAGCAUGCUUGUACUGCAUAAGAGCGUUGAAUGAGCAUCACUGAAAUGUGGACUUUUGACUUGAGCGAUAAUGAUCCGAUUCUAUUCCUUGUCAAUAAUUUGUUGAUAUGCAUGGUUUGUUAACGCUGUCAAUCUGUCAAUGCAGCUGUAUAUAACGUGUGAUUUUGUAGACCUUUGUUUCCAACUCACUUUAAGAGCCAUUUCUGGGGAUGCCCUCAUAAUUCUUCCUCUCUCCUUCCACGCGGCAGUCUUUCUCACUUCCAGUCUCAUAGGGGUUGCAUCAAAGGGCCAAGUUUUUCACCCAACCAGCGCUGGCUCCUUCCUGCAAAACCUCCUUUCCUGUGAAAAAAUAGAACAAUAAUAAGAUUACUUUUAUUAUUAUGCCAGGGGGAGCUUUUGCACGCGGGGAGUCCAGUUUGUUCCUCUGGUUAGAUGCAAAAACAGGCCAUUUCCCGUUCCUCUGGGGCUGAGAAACCGCUGCUGGUUGUGUGCUUGUCUAUAUGAAAGACAGUUGAGAUAAUUUUCUGAUGUGUGGCACUCUUCGCACUUUACACAGAGGGUUCCCUGUAAAACUGUAAAAACGUAUAUAUAGAUACCAUACCAAAUGUAUUCCAGGCUUGCUCAGACUCCCACAGCUCUAAUCUAGACCUGUUUUGACCGUAUAAGCGCUAAUUUGCUUUAUAAUCCAAGCACGACAUUAGCUACUACUUGCAUGCAUGAAUGUUUACAUUUUGAAUCCGCCCGAUACAUGUUGUUUUUCUGUAAGUUCAUGUACAUAGACAGAAUAGAUCAUGGACAAUCCAAUAAGUUUGUACUGCGCUUGUAAUGUUUAAAUAGAGCAGAGUCUUCUAUAAAGCAACAAGUACAGUUUUGUUAACAUACACACUUGCAUGGAUACACACAUUGCACAUAAUGGAGUCCAUGAACUAAGCAAUCACUGUUUUCUUACCUUUUCCUAGGAAAGCUCUUGCAUUAAAAUGUUUUGUUAAAGCUAUUGUAAAUAAAUUAUGAACUGACUUACUGACAAAUGCAACG